AUGCAUAAAUUUUUUAAUUUCAACAAUCAUCAAGCAAAAAAACAGAAGCAACUAAUUGAAGAAGAUGAAAAAUUUUCGUUUGCAAGCACUUAUUGGACAAAACAACUUAAACAAGCUAAUAGCUUAUUGUUUCCAGUAACCAUAAAUAUGGUUUUGACUUUAUUUUUAUGGAUUGGAAUAUAUGAUGGAAAUAGCGAUUCCAUAUCUCAUUACAUGCUUAAUGCUGCCAUUAAUCGAACAACUGGGAAUGAAAUUAUCGACGGAUUGGUGAAUGGAAUAGGUUAUUUGGCAAUAAUAGCUGUAAUAAGCUUUACUUUGCUUUUUAUGGCUUUACAUAAUUUUACUCGAUUCGUUCAUUUUUGGCUUUAUGCUUCAUGCAUUGCCAUUUUAUUUGGCAUAUUCGCUAUAUUUCUAAACGAUGUUUUCAAAAAAUUAAAUUGGAAUGGAACUCAAACAUAUUUCAUUAUAUUUCCACUUGUUAUGCUUUAUGGAAUAACGGGUUUAUUUGCAUUUUUUACUCGAAAUGUGCCACUCUUCAUACAUCAAUUUUACGUUAUUUGUAAUUGCUCAUUGGUUUCUCUAUUUUAUCUUCGUACAUUUCCUAUUUAUACAACAUGGUUUGUAUUAAUUUAUAUCAUCGUCUGGGGUGAGUUUAUCCAAAAAAAAGAAUUAUUUAAGAAUUUUCAGUAG